GAGAAGGAAGCGCAGCUGUCACCGCCCAGUCCACCCGGUCGGCCUCCCGGCUGGGUCUCCUGCCCCAGCUCUCAUCUCCCGCCGAUCCCUGGCUCCUGGGGCCCGACCCAAGAGCGGCAAGGAAGAAACGGAAGAACAGACAGCCCAACCACCAAGCCCUGCCGCCUUUGCAGCUCUGCGGAGACCAGGCGCCUCUGGGAGCCUACAGAAGAUCACGGAACCCCGGACUCGCCUCCCACCGCUCAGCUGCCGGAUGGCUCCGCAGGUGAAGACCUAGGACCCGCAGUAGCCGGGAUGCGCUCCCCGGCUUAGCCCCGGGCGGGACCGCCCUGUGACGUCAUCGAGCCGCGCCGUGCGUUCGCCCUGCGUUCCAGCUCACUGUUGGCGCCUUCGCGGGAGGUGAGUACGAGCCAUGGCCGCUGCCAACCCCUGGGACCCGGCGUCCGCACCUAACGGCGCUGGGCUAGUGCUAGGCCACUUCAUAGCUUCCGGGAUGGUCAAUCAGGAGAUGUUAAACUUGUCUAAGAAAACAGCUUCUUGUUUUGUGAACUUCACCAGACUACAGCAGAUCACAGACAUUGAAGCUGAAAUCUACCAGAAAAACCUGGAAAUUGAACUCUUGAAACUAGAAAAAGAUACAGCAGAUGUUGUUCAUCCUUUCUUUUUGGCUCAGAAGUGUCAUACUCUGCAAAGCAUGAAUAAUCAUUUGGAAGCAGUGCUGAAAGAGAAGAGAUCCCUUAGGCAAAGACUGUUGAAACCCAUGUGCCAGGAAAACUUACCUAUUGAAGCUGUUUAUCACAGAUAUAUGGUACAUUUGCUGGAAUUGGCUGUGACUUUCAUUGAGAGAUUAGAAACCCACCUUGAAACAAUUAGAAAUAUUCCUCAUUUAGCUGCAAACCUAAAGAAAAUGAACCAGGCUUUAGCAAAGAUGGAUAUAUUGGUGACUGAGACAGAAGAACUGGCAGAGAAUAUACUCAAGUGGCGUAAACAACAAAAUGAAGUUUCGUCUUGUAUCCCCCAAAUAUUAGCUGAAGAAAGUUAUCUUUAUAAACAUGAUAUUAUUAUGCCUCCUUUACCUUUUACUUCUAAAGUUCAUGUCCAAACUAUUAAUACCAAGUAGUCAUCAACUUUAUUUUUGCUUAAUUAUGUGUAGUCAUAUGACGUCUAUUUCUAGUUGACUGUAACAUGGGUAUUAAUAGUCUUUGCUGCUAGUAAUACUGAAAGAACCUGCUUUAUGUUGGAGUAUCAAGAUCUCAGGUUAAUUAAGACCAAACUGACUUUUCCUUUGUUUUUCGUAUAUUUUUAUUCUACCUUUCAGUAAAACUAGAGAAGAUAAAAAAUAGCCAUGACAAUUUAUUAACAUAAGUGAAUUAACCAUUUCUCAGGCAGAAAAUUCUCUUUUUUAAAAAAAUGUGUGUUUGGCCGGGCGCGGUGGCUCAAGCCUGUAAUCCCAGCACUUUGGGAGGCCGAGACGGGUGGAUCACGAGGUCAGGAGAUCUAGACCAUCCUGGCUGACCUGGUGAAACCCCAUCUCU